ACCGCCGCCACCGCCGCCGUCAAACCCCUCUUCCUCUCAUUCUCAAACUCCUUCACCUCCAGAAACUUCCACCAACACAAACGCUUCAGAUACACCUCCUCCGCAACUAAAUUCCCAAUUUCCAAUAAACCCCCCUCUUUCUCCGCCAAUUUGGGGCUUUCUGGAAAAGCCCUAGUUUCUAUCGUUCCACCACAGCCAGAACCAGAACAAGAACAAGAACAACCACAAUCUUCCAAAUUGCUCACUCUACCCACCAUUCUCACUCUUGGCCGUGUCGCCGCCGUGCCGCUUCUUGUUGCCACUUUCUAUUUGGAUGGUUGGCAAGGAAUAGUAGCUACUACCACAAUCUUCAUUGCUGCUUCUGUUACAGAUUGGCUUGAUGGUUACAUUGCUCGCAAGAUGAGUUUAAAAUCUUCAUUUGGUGCAUUCUUAGAUCCUGUAGCUGAUAAGCUUAUGGUUGCUGCCACAUUGGUUUUAUUAUGUACUAGACCUUUGGAUGUUGGUUUGUUUGCACAAGCACCCUGGUUACUACCUAUACCUGCCAUUGCCAUCAUUGGCAGAGAGAUUACCAUGUCUGCUGUCAGGGAAUGGGCUGCUUCCCAGGAUAGUAAGCUUUUAGAGGCCGUUGCUGUUAAUAACUUGGGGAAGUGGAAAACAGCCACACAGAUGACUGCGUUAGCCAUCCUCCUCGCCACCCGGGACUCGAGGUAUAAGUUUAAUUUGUAUUAGAUUAGAGAUUCUAUGAAAAGAAAAAUUAUGUGA